AUGGCUGAUGGAAAUAUAACACCUGACGUUCUAGAACAUUUAUCUCAAAGAACUACACAGAACCAUAAAGAUGGUAUAUUUGGUGAAGAGUUUAGAAAGAAAGUUAGGGAGAGAGAAGGAAGAGAACCUAUUGUACAUGACCUUGCAAACGAAAGUUUACAAAAUGUCAUAAAAACUUACUUUGCAGACAAUGAACCGAGAAGGGAUGAAUAUUUAAGAAAACUCAAAUGGACAGUACCAAAUGAAAUGUUAGUAUUGAAAAACAUGUUCCUUGACAAAAUAAAACCAACUACAGAAAUAAACGACGCAAGACUGAAAGAUUGGGUAAAAGCUUUCCCAUUCACAAAAGAUAUAGUUGGUAACAUGGAAAGAAAACCAGAAUGGCUACAAAAACAUAUAUUUGGAAACGAGCUUAUUCCAUAUGGACAGGCACUGUUUGAAGCGCUUGAACCGGAAACUCAGGAAAGAGUCAUGCAAACAAUACGCGAAGACUCAAAUACAGACUAUGACAAACUCUUUCUAGGAUAUAGGUUACCUGAGAUGGGCGACCAGAGCCAAAAGGCAAAAAGGACAUGGGAAAUUUGCAACAUACUAGAUGAACAUAAUGCAAAGAUGCAACAACUUCAAGCAGAGGGCAAUGAAGGAAAAAGAAGAGUUAAAAACUCAGUCAGGAAGAAAGUAAAGCUUGGUCGGAGUGGGUUCUAUUAUGACAUAUAA